AUGAUUGGCUGGGUGCCACUUGACUUCCGUGAAAACAAAAACUGGAAAUGCGUUAAAGAAUCGCAUUGUAAAACUUCGAAUCAUUCAUAUUUGUCAAGAAACAAGAUGCAGUAUGAUUCUCCUUUGGAUCCGGACGCGACUCAAGAUUACUUCACGCAAAAUCCUUCUUACACGUCGAUUUCUUACAAUCAAAACACACCAAUGGAAACGUCCAAUUAUAACUCCUAUACUCCGGGCAUUUCAACCGAAGCGCGAAACUUUCACACUUUUGUUCCUACCACACCGAUGGAAAUGAGUAAUUUCAAUCCUUUUUCGCACACCACGCCCUUCGAUUCGAAUGAGCUGCUCAGGGCCUUACAGAAAAAAG